AUGUCUGCCUACCAGAUCCCAAAGACCCAAAAAGGUGUUAUUUUCUACAAGAACGGCGGUGCUCUUGAAUACAAAGACAUCGAUGUGCCAACCCCUAAGGCCAACGAACUUUUGAUCAACGUCAAGUACUCCGGUGUGUGCCACACUGACUUGCACGCCUGGAAGGGUGACUGGCCUCUAGACGUCAAAUUGCCUCUAGUCGGUGGCCACGAAGGUGCCGGUGUCGUUGUCGCCAUGGGUGAAAACGUCAAGAACUGGAAGGUCGGCGAUUUCGCCGGUGUCAAGUGGCUAAACGGCUCGUGCAUGAACUGUGAAGCCUGUGAAUUGGGUAACGAAUCCAACUGUCCUCAGGCCGAUCUUUCUGGUUACACCCACGACGGUUCGUUCCAGCAGUACUGUACUGCCGACGCCGUGCAGGCCGCCAAAAUCCCAGUUGGCACUGAUCUAGCCGAAGUGGCCCCAAUCUUGUGUGCCGGUGUCACCGUCUACAAGGCCUUGAAGUCCGCUGAAUUGUCUGCCGGCCAAUGGGUUGCCAUCUCCGGUGCCUGCGGUGGUCUAGGUUCUCUAGCCAUCCAGUUCGCCAAGGCCAUGGGUUACCGUGUUCUAGGUAUCGACGGUGGUGAAGGCAAAGAAGAGCUUUUCAGACAACUCGGUGGUGAGGUCUUCAUCGACUUCCGUACCACCAAGGACAUCGUCGCUGAAGUCAACAAGAUCACCAACGGUGGUGCCCAAGGUGUCAUCAACGUGUCUGUUUCCGAGGCCGCCAUCAGCGCCUCCACUGAGUACGUCAGAAACAACGGUGCCGUUGUUUUGGUCGGUUUGCCAGCCAACGCCUACUGCAAAUCUGAAGUUUUCAGCCAAGUCGUCAAGUCCUACAAGAUUGUCGGUUCUUACGUCGGUAACAGAGCUGACACCAGAGAAGCUUUGGACUUCUUCGCCCGUGGUUUGGUCAAGUCCCCAAUCAAGAUCUGUGGCUUGUCUGAACUUCCAGAGGUUUUCGAAUUGAUGGAACAAGGUAAGAUCGUCGGUAGAUACGUCGUCGACACCAGCAAAUAA